AUGAAUGGCUGGGCAGAGUACCAAUUAGGAAGGCGCCUCCAGGAUGGCCUCCGAUCAGGGGGGGUCCCUGGGGUGCCCGCCCCCAUAAUCGAAACUGUACCCGACAUCGUGGAAAUCGAUUUCUUGGACCUCUCACAUGAAGACGACUGGGAUAUAGGAUACGAAGGAGGCGUCGAGGCACCGGUGGAGUGUGAUUUCGAUUCAGAGGACGAGGAUUAUGCAGUGCAGGACUCUGAUUUCACCGAUUCGGAGCUCUCGGAGUUUGACGAAGAGAUGCUGGAAGGGAUCGCCACCAAGCUUGCUGCGCUUCGAGAUGAAUCUGGCUCCAGGUCGACCACGGGAUCGCUGAAAAUGGGCAUGAGCACUGCAGAGUGGAAGAAGGCAGAAGCAGUGCGGAAACUUGGAUAUCUUGGGAACUCUGAGCGCACCAGGUUCCGGAAGGCAAAGGAGGCACGCGAGAGGGAGGAACAGAGGCAAGCAGCGAAAGUCUUGAAGGAUCCUCAGGUUGUAAUGAUGCGCACCUUCUUUGCGCCGUCGCAAAAGGCGCCCGCCCCGGCCUUCGGCUUGUCAAAGACUCUGGAUUCAACACCACCUGAAGAGACUACCAUCACAUCCACUUCCUUCGAGCCCGCCGACCUCGUCGAUUAUGCAUCCGAUCACUGGGAGGACUUUGCGUCUGAUCUGGAGUCAGAGGAUGAUGAGAGAGAGGACAGAACACAGUCACCAGUGGUUCCCCCUGCGCCAUCGAAUCCGAAACGACUCCCAGUUGCACCACCGCGGAAACGGAGAAAGCUUGCAGUCUCUGUCCUGGCGCAGCGCAACAUCAGGAAAUUGGGCAACUACGCCUCAGCGCUCGUGAUUUGCCGGUAG